AUGUCUGGUUACAUACCAUUGGAAGUCCAAGUGGAAAUCAUAGAAAGGAUUUCAGAUGUGAAAUCAUUGAUAAAAUUCAGAUCAGUUUCGAAGCCGUUGAAGUCUGUCAUCGACAGCCCCAAGUUUAUUGCUGGUUUCCACACUCGUCAUCAUAAUCAUCGUCUCCUUUGUAGGGUAAAUGUCGAUUCCGAAGAAAAAUAUGUUUCAUUUGUGGACGAUGAUAGUUUCCCGCACCAACACAACAUAGGUACGACUCUUAAAAUAAUUCACCGUGAAUCUUUAUUAGAAAAGAUAAUUACGACAACUUCUCAAGGCUUGAUCUGCUUGUACACUACGCCUGCAAGCCCACCCGGAACAAAGAGUGUGCUUUUAUGGAAUCCUGCCAUUAGAAAAUCGGUUCAUAUUGAUGUGCCUAAUGUUUUGUUUAUUAAAUAUAGAUAUAAAACUGUUAUUGGUUUCGGGGUCUCUCCCCACACCAACGACCCUAUGCUUCUCAAGAUUAUAUGCAUCACUGGGUAUAAAUCCGAUGCUAUAAGUUGCAUCCCCAUGCAGGUUGAGGUCUUUACAUUAAGCACAGGGUUAUGGAGAAGUUUGGGUACUAACCUUCCUCAUAAAUCUAUUGAGUUCUCGGACUAUACAUAG